GCUGAAUAUAAAAUUCAAAAGACUCCGGUCACCAUGUGCCGAUCGCGCCUCCUGUAAACUCCUUAUCCAUUUUCCUCAUUUUCUUCGCGCGAAGCUCUAAUGGCUUCGGCGAGCUUUACCAGCGCUCUGUGUUUCUUUUCCCAAAACACUAUAAGAAACCUCGAGGUCUCCUCUCCGAUCUUCUAUUCUAGCUCCAAUGGCGUCGAAUUCGCUUCCAAUUCCAUCGGUCUCACUUCCUGCACCGGCCUCCCUCCUGCAACUUCUCGUCUCAGUUCCCGUUUCACUCGUAACUGCUCCUCCAGCACCGCUCCAGUUCGCACUUUGGAUUACGAGUUCACCGAUGGUUCUUCUGAAGUGGAACUGAGGUUACAACUUGAGACUCAAGACAUUCGAAGUUCAAAAGAUGUUUUUGUGGAUGCAAAUGAAACCUCUUUGACUAUUAGAGUACGACGCUUGGGAUCUAUUGUUACUCUUCUGGAAACAAAGCAACUAUUUGAGAAGAUUAAACCUGCAGAAACAAUAUGGUAUAUUGAUGAAGAUCAACUAGUUAUAAGCUUAAAGAAGCAUGAUCCAGACUUGAAAUGGCCAGACAUUGUAGAGUCUUGGGAAUCCCUAACAGCAGGAUCUACACAGCUUCUAAAGGGAACAUCUAUAUAUUUGAUAGGGGAUGCGACAGAUAUUAACCAAAAAGUUGCUCAUGAACUCGCGGUUGGACUUGGGUAUACUCCACUGAGUACAAAAGAAUUGCUGGAAACGUUUUCCAAGCAGAACAUUGAUUCAUGGAUGCUUGCCGAAGGCUCUGAUGCUGUAGCACAAGCAGAAAACGCUGUAUUAGAAAGUUUAAGCAGCCAUGUACGUACUGUUGUUGCAACGCUAGGUGGUCGACCGGGAGCUGCAGGAAGAACUGAUACUUGGAGACAUCUUUAUGCAGGAUUCACUGUCUGGCUUUCACAAACUGAGGCUACGGAUGAAAGUGCAGCUAAGGAAGAAGCUAGGAGACAUAUGCAAGACAGUAAGGUAGCAUACUCAAACGCAGAAGUUGUAGUUAAACUUCAGGGUUGGGAUGAUGCUCAUUCCAAAGCAGUGGCUCAGGCAGCAUUAAGUGCCCUUAAGCAACUUAUUCUGUCAGACAAAAACCUUCCAGAUAAGAAAAGUCUUUACAUCCGAUUGGGAUGUCGUGGUGACUGGCCAAACAUCAAACCUCCUGGUUGGGAUCCUGCUUCUGAUGAAAACACAAAGAACACCAGUGCCUGAAACAGAGGCUUUGCGGCUCUUUAUUUCCACAUUAAGGUUUCAUUCAACAAAUUUUCUGGUAAUUUCACUCUUCUCCACCCUCAAUUGUACCUUUGAAAAGAAAG